GAAUGUACAAGUUCUGUGCCUGCUUCAUACAUUCCUUUCAAAUCCACGAGGUUAACAAACGCCAUCCUUCGGUCUACAAUACAAAGAUCGCUCCGUUCAAGACGUAUUCAGUGCAUGAUACUUAACAUGUAGGGCAGCAGAACGGUAUUGUUCUCAUGUCUGCGAGGCAAUUUAGUCUACGCCGUCUUACCACCUGCCAAUUUGAGCUUACAAAUGAAUCCUUCCAGAGACGGAAGCUUUUUUUGAAAAUCGGUUGGAGGUAUAAAAAGCGAGCAAGCCGGGUUUGUUGGAUCUUCAUCGUGUUCGCCAACCAAUAUCAGACAAUGCUAUUCAACACCCUUGCCAUAGUUGCGGCUGUCAUGAUGACAGUGACCACAUCCGUUUCUGCCUGGCCAUUCAGCAUAGUCGAAUCCGCCAGUGGGACUGUCGAAGUUAGAAAUGAAGCCAGGAAGACUCCCUAUAUUCUGGAAGCAAGCAGCGCACGAUACUCUGCUAUAUAAUUCGUUACCGUACGUCGGUGCUGGCAUCACCGCUACUCCCCUUGAUUGCUCUUAAUUACCAUCGAUUUCAAGUCCGACACAUACUUGUUACCAUCACCUUUCAAGUACUU